AUGGCGAGCUGUUUGCCCUCGCUUCGCUUCUUCGCUGGUCGAAGGGCGGACGAGAAGUACACUUUCGACGAUACUCGAUCUUCGUCCGCGUCUACAUUGGUCGAGGACAAGGCAAGUCAUUCGCUUUCAGAACCAAACACAUAUGGCACAUUGAAGGUCGAUAAUGAUGUGCUCAAGUCCAAAAGGUUUUCCUCGCGAGAUACCAAGACGCAGCUCGAUGCGCUGCGCAGGUUGAUGAAAGAGGAAGGCAUAAAGGCGUACAUCAUUCCUAGCGAGGACGCGCACGGCAGCGAGUACACCGCAAAGACGGACGAGAGACGCGCUUUCAUCAGUGGGUUUACUGGCUCUACGGGGAUCGCAGUUGUGACGCUUGACGGAGCGCAUCUCUUCACGGAUGGAAGAUAUCACGUUCAAGCUCAGGAGCAGCUUGAUUCAAAUUGGACUCUGCACAAAGUGGGAGUGUACGGCGUGUCUGAUUGGGCCGAUUGGCUCGUCGAUGAGGCUUCCAAAGAGACCAUCGCAGUCGGCGUGGAUGCGACGCUUGUCUCAUUCACUACAUUGGCAGCGCUCCUCCCCCGCCUGACAAGCCGCGACUCCUCCCUACAAUUUCCUACCCGGAAUCUCGUGGACGAAAUUUGGCGCAGCAGGCCACCACCGAAUUUGACGCACAUCUACGCACAUCCACUCAAGUAUGCAGGAGUGACGGCAGGUGAUAAGUUGACGAGAGUGGUGGAAUGGUUGAAAAGCAAAGGCGCAGCUGGCGAUGGACAGAACUUUUCCGAGGGGAGCGCCUUUUUCACUGCUGAGCUCGAUCAGAUUGCUUGGCUGUUGAAUCUGCGCGGUGCAAGCAUCCCGGGUAGUCCUUUGUUUCCGGCGUAUCUGGUCGUGUCUUCCAAGAGCUCGGGAUCUACAGGAGGUUACCUGGCAACCCUUUUCGUCUCUUCGCUGCUCUUGUUGCCCGGUUCCGAUGCUCGCAAGUGUGUGGAGAGUCUCGGCGUCGAAGUAAAGGACUACGCGGACGUGUUUCCUUGGCUCUUGCAAGGUCGUUGGCGUGGCAGCGAGCAGCCCGGCAAGGUCGAUAGCGAUGAUCAAGCUAGACCUACUUUGGUAGCGGGAGAGAAGGUCAGCUACGCGGUAGUUAACGCUGUCGGAGAGCACCGUGUCAUUCUGUUGCGCUCGACACCGAUAGCGAUCUGGAAGGCGUGCAAGAACGAGGCCGAGCUUGCUGGUAUGAGGGCUGCCUAUCUGCGCGACGGAGCCAGCUGGGCGCGCUGGGCUGCAUGGCUUGACGAAGCUGUCCGCAGGAGGCACAGGAAGGUGGACGAGUGGCAAGCUGCGCAACAGCUGCGAAGCGUGCGGGAAAAGGAUCCUCUGUAUGCUGGGUUUGAUGCCUAUCCAAGCAUCUCGGCGAGUGCUGAGGAUGCAGCUCUGCCGCAUUUCGAGACACCGGAGGACGGAUCGGCCCGUGUAAUCGACAGACUGACACCCUAUCUGAUGGAUAGUGGAGGGCAAUACUUUGAUGGCACGAUCGACACGACUCGUACCGUGCAUUUCGGCAGACCCACAAGCGAGCAGAAACGAGCCUUCACUCGGGUCUUGCAAGGCCAUAUUGCCAUUCAGCAAGCCGUAUUUCCUCGAGGCACUACUGGAGCCACGCUUGACUGUCUGGCAAGACAGCCAUUGUGGAGAGAUGGAUACAACUACUUGCACGGGACCGGACAUGGCAUUGGCGCGUUCGGAAAUGUCCACGAGGGCCCUCAAGGGUUCAGCCAGAGCUCUGGUGGUGCGCUGAUCCCUGUGCCGCUUGAAGAGGGCAUGUGCAUCUCCGACGAGCCCGGACACUACGAGGCGGGCAAGGGAGGGUUUGGCAUUCGAACGGAGAGCAUCCUGAUUGUCAAGAAGGCAAAGACGCACAGAGGCUUUGGUGGCGAAGAUACCUGGUUGAAGUUUGAGAACAUCACGCAGGUGCCAAUCGCGCGGAAUUUGGUGGAGCAUCAGCUGCUCACACCGAACGAGCAGGCGUGGCUGACGGAGCACAACGAGAAGGUGAAGCGAAAUGUUCUUCCGCUGGUGGCGGAUGACAAGAGAGCGAUCAAGUGGCUGCAAAGCCAGUGA